CUUGGAAAGCUUCUCAUGCUAUAAAUUCCUUUGAAGAAUUAUUAUUAUUAUUAUUGUGAGAGAGCACAUUUUCUUCAUAGAAACAUGGCUAAAGCUGUAGCAGCAUUAGUUGCUGCCUCAUUCUUGAUUUUGUUGUUGGCUUUUCCAACUGUUUUUGCAACAGAUUACGUUGUUGGAGGUCCUUCUGGAUGGGUCAUUGGACCUGAUUAUGGCAUCUGGGCCGAAAAUUUUAAAUUCAAAGUUAAUGAUACUCUAACAUUCAAGUAUGAGGCAAGGCUCCACCAAGUGGACGAAGUGAGCAAAAGAGACUACAUUAACUGCAAUUCAAACCACCCAAUAAAAAACUACAAAGGCGGUAACAACAAGAUCACACUUUCAAAGCCAGGGAGCUACUUCUUCUUGUGCCCAACACCUCGUCACUGCCAACUUGGCAUGAAACUUGCGCUCAAUGUUUCUUAAACCCGGCUUUUGAAUUCUAAUUUAUUGGGGC